AUGGAGAAAGCACGCGCAGCCAUCCUCUUCCUGCUACUCCUCGUCGAUUUCGCCGUAGCAGCACAAAACGCCACCGCCGGCGAAGCAGAUGGAUUCCACGUCGGGGUGAUCCUCGACCUUGGAUCGCCGGUGGGCAAAGUGGCGCGGACCAGCGUUCUGCUGGCCGUCCAAGAUUUCUACGCGGUCCACCGGAACUACAGCACGAAGCUUGUUCUCCAUAUUAGGGACUCCAUGGGCAGCGAUGUCCGGGCUGCAUCAGCAGCUAUUGAGUUACUAGAGAAAUACAAAGUGCAAGCCAUCAUUGGUCCCCAGAAAUCGUCAGAAGCUGUGUUCAUAUCCAAUCUUGGAAAUUUAACCCAAGUCCCCAUAGUAUCAUUCACGGCAACAAGUCCCUCUCUCACUUCUGAUAGUAGACCAUAUUUUGUACGAGCAACACUGGAUGACUCGGCUCAAGUGAAUAGCAUUGCCUCGCUUGUACAAGCCUAUGGAUGGAGAGAAGUGGUGGCAAUAUAUGAUGACACUGAAUAUGGGAGAGGCAUUCUACCAUACCUCAUUGAUGCACUUCAUGAAAUUGAUGCCCGCAUCGCGUAUCGCAGUGUCAUCCCUUCAAUGGCAACAAAUGAGAACAUUGUGCAAGAACUCACUGGGUUGAUGGCAAUGCAAACAAGAGUAUUUAUUGUUCAUAUGUCAUCCACUAUGACUUCCCUUCUUUUUACGAAGGCAAAAGAGGUAGGGAUGAUGAACAAGGGAUUUGUGUGGAUCACCACGAAUGGAGUGGCAAACAUCAUCGACUCACUCAGUUCGAGUGUCAUUGAGGCAAUGAAUGGUGUGCUAGGAGUAAGGUAUCAUGUUCCCAGAUCACAAGAACUAGACAACUUAUCCAUAAGGUGGAACAGAAUGUACCAACAGGAUAACCCAGAUGAAUCACCCUUCAACAAACUAAGCAUUGUUGGACUAUGGGGCUAUGAUACUAUAUGGGCAUUCGCACAUGCAGCAGAAAAGGUUGGGAUAUCUAGCGCCAAAGAUAAGCAACGAUGGUCCACUAAAAACUCCACAUGCUUGGAAUCCAUGGUUAUUUCCACUAACGGCCCUGAACUCUUAUCAGCAAUUGUACAAAAUAAUUUCAGAGGUUUAAGUGGUGAAUUUGACCUUAAAGACAGGAGACAGCUCCAAGUUUGUGUGUUCCAGAUAAUAAACGUGAUUGGGAGAGGUUGGCGAGAAAUUGGGUUUUGGAGUGCGGAAAGUGGACUUUCACGACAGUUAAAGCAAGAUGACUUUAGAAAAACAGGACCAUCCUCGAUGCUUGAUCUAAAUCCUGUAAUUUGGCCAGGAGACUCAACUGAAAUACCAACGGGCUUGGAAAUUCCUACAGUUAGUAAGAAUCUUAGAGUUGGUGUCCGCUCGAGUGAAUAUCCAGAGUUUAUAAAUGCAUACAAACAUCCUACCACAAAUAAAAUAAAAGCGAGUGGGCUGGUAAUUGACAUAUUUGAGGAGGUAGCAAAGAAUCUUUCACUUCAUUUUGACUACUUCCUAUUUGGCACAACUGAUACAUCAACUACGGGGACCUACAAUGAUUUCGUUUACCAAGUCUAUCUCCAGGUUUAUGACAUAGCGGUGGCAGAUACUACUAUAAGAUACAACAGGUCACUGUAUGUCGACUUCACCGUACCAUACACGGAAUCCGGAGUAGGGAUGAUUGUUCCGGUGAAGGAUAACAUGUUAAAGGAUUUGUGGCUUUUUUUGAAACCAUUUAGCACUAUGAUGUGGUUUGGCAGCAUUUUAUUCUUUAUGUACACAGGAGUCGUUGUCUGGCUGCUGGAGUGUCUAAAUGGCAAUGAACAUGCUCAUGAGGAGGAGUUGUCAAGCUUUGGAGCUAAAAUUGGUCUGCGUGUAUGGAAGAUUGUUGCUCUGGUACUUGCAGCGAGCUAUACAGCAAGCUUUGCAUCAAUGCUUACAGUACAACAGCUUUCACCAACUGUGAUUGAUGUACACAAGCUCCAGAAGCGUGGCGACUAUGUAGGGUUCCACCAAGGUUCCUAUAUAGAGGGUCUACUGUUGGAUAUUGGUUUUCAUACAUCAAAGAUCAGGGGCUAUGCUACACCUGAUGAUUUCUAUGGUGCUCUUUCUAAUGGAAGCAUUUCUGCGCUUGUACUUGAAAUCCCAUACAUCAACCUAUUUCUUGCAAAGUACAACCAAGGUUACACAAUGGUGGGGCCUAUUUACAAGAGUGCGGGUUUUGCAUUUGCGCUUCCCAAGAAUUCUACGCUACGCGCUGACAUGUCGACGGCAAUACUCAACAUAACAGGAGGAGAUACUAUCAUUCAAUUUGAAAAAAAAUGGAUAAAUCAGGGCAACCAUCAAACUAACAGCGUGCCCGAUGGUUCAGGUGCUAUCAAUUUCGAAAGUUGUGGGGGGUUAUUCCUCAUAACUGGAGUUGUGACAACCGGUUCCCUUCUUGUGGCCAUGCUGAUGAACCGCUACAAAAAGCAUCGACAGAAUGCAGGGGACAAAGAAGAUGACCAGAACGAACGCGGACAUGGCCAAGAGAAUGAGAACAUGGAUGAGCAAGGCGAUCAAAACAGCGAUGGAGAGGGAACUGAAUUGAUAGAGAGCCAAACAACACUGUCGGUGCCUCACAGUUCGCACGGAGAUGGUGACCAGCUUGCCAGGCAGUAG